AAUGUGAACAAACGGAGAUGAGAAUGCCUCUUCUCCUCGAGAGAAGAUAAAAAAAAAAAAAAAAAACCCUUCUUUCUCCCCAAAUCCAGCUUACCUCAAACCUAGCUAAUUAUACCCAAUUCUUCUUUGUUCUGAGUUGCUCGUAACUAAAGAUGGUCGGAAUAAUGGGUGAUAUGGAGUGGCAGUCUAGCCUUGAGUUCAGUUGCUGGUGCGAAGAGAGCUAUGAUGCACUCCUUCGCCAUGGAUAGCUUCAUAUAUAAUCUGCCUCCGAGACAUGUUUGGUUACGUCCGCACAUGCAAGGUUAUGCCGGACGAAUCAAUCACUACAUCAGGGACAAAACAUUGAAGGAAGUGGAGACCUAUCUGACGCAUUACCGAUGUUUUGAAGAAUUUAAGGGAGGUCCAUUUGGGCGGUUACUUAAGUUGAAGAGGCAGGAUAGUGCGAAUGCCGCACUGCACCAUCUUCUUGCACAGGAGUUGUAUGACCAAGAAUUCGGUCCGUGGGAUAAGUGGUUCCACGUUGGUGGACACGACACUCGAUUCGGCGCAUUGGAGUAUUGUCUGGUGACGGGGUUGUGCUUCGGGCCAUUCCCGCAGGGUUUUGAUCCUAAUGUGGAUCACCGUGUUGGGAAGCAGAGUCUAUGGCAUCGAGUUUUUAGAGGCAAAAGGGUGGAAGUGAAGGAUCUGCGCAAGCGGUUCGUUAACCGUAAUUUGGGCAAUAGUACCGAGGAUUAUUUGAGGGUGGCCAAUAUUCUCGUGGCGUAUGAUCUCAUCUUCUGUCGAGAUUAUAAACACGUGCACGAUUGGGUGUGGGCACUGGUCGAGGAGGAUCAGGCAUGGAUCGACUUCCCGUAGGGCUCUUACUCAUUCCAGAUUUUGUGCCAUGGGAUUAGUGUUUUGAAGAAGCAUCCCUCGGAGAUUACCGGGAAUAGGAGGACGUACCACUUCUAUGGACCCAUAUGGGCAUUACAGAUUUGGUCGUAUGAGGUCGUUCCGAGGUUGAGCCGCGCGUGUGGGGCUCUAGACUCGGGCUUCCAGAUGCCACGAUUGAUCAACUGGACGACUUGGAAGUCAGCUUCUGACUUCGCCCAUUUUUUCGAUGUUGAUGAGGAUGUUUAUCACCGGACACUCGAACCGGUCGAGGACGAGAAUGAUUCAUGGUAUUUGCAGACCCUGAGAUGUCCCGACCCAUUUGCUGUACGAUUUCAACCUCAGGGGAGAUAUGCCGGCUUGACAGAGCCACUUGUACCGGAACCUCCUCCUCCUGUUAGGCCUCCUCCAGUUAGGCCUCCCCCUGUGCCGAUGAGUAGCUCACUAGCAGAGAAGGCUCGUGAGAAGCAGCCUGUCCAUGUCGAGCGACAUAGACAGACUUAUGUUGAUCCGGCUGGCAGCCCGUCGAAGCGACGCAAGUCAGAGGAGUUUGAUAAUAGGGAGCCUCGGGCAGAUCGAGAUGAGGAUUAUUGGAGGCGACGUGAUGAUGACAUGAUUGCCCGUUUCACACAUAAGCAUAUCCGGACCGCGAUCCCUGAGAUGCGGCGCGAGCUUGUAGAUGACGACUCUGAGCAUGGACUGGUCGCCAAAAUUACGAAGAAGGUCAUAGCCGCUGUGAAGGACAUCUUUGGGAGACGCUCUUCUUCGAGGAGGCAUAGAUCAUCAUCCAGCCAUGACAGUCGUUAUAGACACGGGAGUGAGGAGUUCGACCAACCGAGACCCAGUCACAGACGGUCUACAUCUCACAUUCCUAGUCCUAGGCGAUCAUUUCGUGAGGAUCCGCAUCAUGUGAGCCAUAGGCACUCAGUUGGAGAGCCUGAUCGGCAGCAUCGGAGUCAUAGUCGAUCACAGCAUGGAGAGGAUCCGCCUCGUGGCAGUCAGAGACGAUCAGAGCAUGGAGAUGAUCCACCCCAUGCGAGUCAGCGACGAUUUGCCUCAUGCCACAGUGAGAGGGAGGCAUUUUUGAGGCGAUCAGCCUCACAUCAUGGUGAGAGGCAGACAUCUUUGAGGUGAUCUGCCUCAUGUCACAGUGAUCGCCCAGAGACACCGGCUGGGUAUCAUAGUCCAGAGACCCCUGCGCCUAAGUCGGGGGAUGUAGAUGAUGAUGUGAAUUUUACCUGGACUUCAUCAGAGGAGGAGGCGGAUGCUAGAGAGAGGCCUCACCGCUUGCUUAGGCCGUCUGCUGCAGUGCAGAGUCCGUAUGUCAUUGACCCGGCCUUGCCGUAUGGUAAGGGGGUGAUGAAAGCGAAGAAACAAGGCUUCAAGGAGUUUAUGACAGCGCCGCCAGGUACUUUUGUUACAGUGCUCGAGACGAGCUUUGUGAUGACCCAGGAGCUAUUCCACCGGAUUAUGGAUCCUCGCGAGGAGUUCGACGGGGAGAUCUUAGACCUCUGGAAUCUGAAGGCUCUUCGACGGCUUAGAAUCAAUCAGGGGUGGAUAGCUCAGGGGCAGACGAAACUCACUGCAGGUGUGACACGGGCUAGAACGCCGGUAGCUUUUCUGGAAUUUUAUGUAAGUUUUUGGUAGAAUAAUUUGUGUUUAUGUAUAUAAAACUACCUAUAAAUUAAUCAUGAUUUUUUUUGUGAUUGUAGGAGACCCUCGUCAGAGAGUUCGCUUCGUUGCAUCCGAAUUUGCCAGAUUGGAACGACAUACGGGAGCGACAUGCAUACGAGGAGUGGGGGUGCCAGAAAAGCUGAUCUCCAUGUUUCCGUGCAAAAUAUCUUCCUUCGGCUUCAAAACGACGCCCUUGCCUACCAAUUUCCGUGCAAAAUAUCUUCCAACAACCCUCGCCGGAAUCUGUCUCGGGGCAAUGCGAUUCAAAUCCGUGUGGCAGGUAUGAUCCAUCACCACCUUGAUCACUCUCCAGAUCGAUGCACUCUAAACGGCUCGCAGCAUGAACGGACAAUCGUUGUCAUGCUUGCAAACAAACCACAAACGGGUCGUACUGGAACGAUCCACGGCGUACUCCACGUGAUUCUCCAUAUGAUACAGGCCAACAGCGAUCGCCAAAUUAUCCUUCGACCGAAAUAGAGCCCCCACUGAUAAUAUCCCGCUCUCCAAUACGUUAGAAUCCUCCCAACCUAAUGCCGACGCAUCGUCAAAAUCGAGGACUGAAACCCCCAGUCACGUGCCUCAAGCUGUUGAACUCCGCCACGAGGCUCGAUACCGCGCUGAUAAUCCGAUGUGAAAUUCUGAGGCCCUGUCUGUCUCCACGCUUCCUGUUCAGUCGACACUGAAUCCAAUAUCUCUCUGCGUAGUAUCGCCUCUUCUUCCUCAUCCGAAGACUCGGACUCGUCUUCCUCCUCCUGCGACGAUGAAUCGUCCCUACUUCUUCCAACGUCUGUCUCGAUAGGAAACACAGUAGAACGUUGCCCCUCAUAAUAUACCCGCUCCUGAUUCUGAGGACUUGGAGCCGCAGAUUGUUUGUCCUUCUCGAUCACGUAAACAACUGGAUAUUUCUCAUGCUCGGAAAUCAGCCGGUUCAAAUCUGAAUCGGCCUUCAAAGCUACUUUUAUUUUUCCCUUCGUCCGUGGUUGAUAUGUAGAAAAGCAUAUAAGUGGAUCGUCCAUCCUCGUUUAAUUGAUCGUGCACCUCUUGCAUCAACUUCGCAUGACAAAGCUCUUCCUUAGACACAUACACGACAACCUCAUCGCCGCCUUCAUACUCGGUUAAUUUCCACUGACCACUGUGCCGUAUAACGAUUGCUUAAAACGACAUCUGCUUCAAAACGACAAAAAUACAACAUUUAAAUACACAAAUAGGAAAUCGUGUACCCUAAUACAUGAACUGAAUAUACAAACAGGCUAAAAAUAAAAUCAAAAUCAUAUUCAACCCAACCGUGUACGGCAAAACACUAAGGGUGCAAAAAUAAGGUAAUUUACGUAGAGAGUGUUUUUUGAGGCCGUUUUUUAGUCCAAAACAUGUAAUAAGUCAUAUAUAUAACAUAAUUAUCGAAAUAAACAACAAAAAAUCACUAAAAAUCAAACCGUGUACAACCGUGUACUCAAGAACAUUAACCGUGUACAGUCGAAAUUUUAAAAAAAAAUUAUUUGACAUACCUUAUGUAAUAUAAGCCUUUAGAUGAAUUUUUUUUGAAAUUAUGAGCAACCGUGUACGAGGCGUGUAUGUGUAUUGAGAGGAUUUUCUUCUUCUUUCUUGCUCAAAUGUCUGAUGAAUGAACAUUUGGUUGAUAUCCUUCAUUAACUACUCACCAACAACCGUGUACGGAGCAUUUAAUUUCGUGAAUUUAAGGUUGUUUCCUUAACAAGUUGUGUAUGACUUUGAGUUGGUAUAAAUGCACCCAACAACCAUAA